UCUGGCCGCCAGCUGCGCACGCGCACUUGCAGGCCUAUUUUGACAACUUCACGGCGCUCGAGAUGGGAGGGACCAGGUGUCGCGAGAGUUGGCCGCACGGCGUCUUGUCGGGGCUGUAAUUACAGCCAGCCUGGGGAUGGAGGCUGAACAAGAGCCACUUUUAGGCAACCGCACAUGCGGAAGCAGAGAAUGGGACAUUGUAGAAACUGAAGAGCAUUAUAAGAGCCGAUGGAGAUCUAUCAGGAUUCUGUAUCUUACUAUGUUUCUCAGCAGUGUAGGUUUUUCUAUUGUGAUAAUGUCAAUAUGGCCGUAUCUCCAAAAGAUUGAUCAGACAGCUGAUGCAAGUUUUUUGGGCUGGGUUAUUGCUUCGUUUAGUCUUGGCCAAAUGGUAGCUUCACCUAUGUUUGGUUUAUGGUCUAAUUAUAGACCAAGAAAAGAACCUCUUACCGUCUCCAUCUUCAUUUCGGUGGCAGCCAACUGCCUCUAUGCGUACGUCCACCUCCCAGCUUCUCAUAAUAAAUACUACAUGCUGGUUGCUCGUGGAUUGGUGGGAUUUGGAGCAGGAAAUGUAGCAGUUGUUAGGUCAUAUAUUGCUGGUGCUACUUCCCUUCAGGAAAGAACAAGUUCCAUGGCAAAUACAAGUGCCUGUCAAGCAUUAGGUUUUAUUCUUGGCCCAGUUUUUCAGACUUGUUUUGCAUUCAUUGGAGAAAAGGGUGUGACAUGGGAUGCGAUUAAGCUGCAGAUAAACAUGUACACAGCACCAGUUUUACUUGGCGCCUUCUUGGGAGUUUUCAAUAUUAUUCUGAUCCUUGCUGUGUUAAGAGAACAUCGGGUGGAUGACUCAGGACGACAGUGUAAAAAUAUUAAUUUUGAAGAAGCAAACACAGAUGAAGUUCAAGUUCCCCAAGGAAAUAUUGAUCAAGUUGCUGUCGUGGCCACCAAUAUUCUGUUUUUUGUAAUUCUGUUUAUCUUUGCUCUUUUUGAAACCAUCAUUACUCCAUUAACAAUGGAUAUGUAUGCCUGGACUCAAGAACAAGCUGUAUUAUAUGAUGGAAUAAUACUUGCUGCUCUUGGAGUUGAGGCAGUUGUUAUUCUGUUGGGGGUUAAAUUACUUUCCAAAAAGAUUGGUGAGCGUGCUAUUCUACUGGGAGGACUCAUCGUUGUCUGGGUUGGCUUCUUUAUCUUGUUACCGUGGGGAAAUCAAUUUCCCAAAAUACAGUGGGAAGAUUUACAUAAUAAUUCAAUCCCGAAUACCACAUUUGGGGAAAUUAUUAUUGGUCUUUGGAAGUCUCCAAGAGAAGAUCACAGUGAAAGACCAACUGGUUGCCCAAUUGAACAAGCGUGGUGCCUCUAUACCCCAGUGAUUCAUCUGGCCCAGUUCCUCACAUCAGCUGUGCUAAUUGGAAUAGGCUAUCCAGUCUGCAACCUUAUGUCCUAUACGUUAUAUUCAAAAAUUCUAGGACCAAAACCUCAGGGUGUGUACAUGGGCUGGUUAACAGCUUCUGGAAGUGGAGCACGGAUUCUUGGGCCCGUGUUCAUCAGCCAAGUGUAUGCUCACUGGGGACCACGGUGGGCAUUCGGCCUUGUGUGUGGAAUGGUGGUGUUCACCAUCACACUCCUGGGAGUGGUUUACAAAAGACUUAUUGCUUUUUCCAUAAGGUAUGGGAGGAUUCAAGAGUAAACUAGCUAAGACUGUGAUCGAAAGUAUUAAUAUUUGCUGUGUGGCAUUUUCAAGUCUAAGGUUCUGUUAGACAAUUGCCAUGAGCCAGUCUCCAAAAGUCAGUCUGCGGAUAUUGCAUAUAUUGAAUAACAAGAACAUAUAUUGAAUAAUAGAGGGAAUUCUACAUGUUAUUGUGAAUAGUAGGUUAUAUAAAAAAUUCUGAAUUAUAAUUUCCUUAUCUCAAAAAUGAAAUAUUCUUAUAAAAUCUUUUGGGGGUUGCAUAAAUGAAUGAGUGAAUGGACAAUGGUCUAUAAAAUGUGAAGUUCUGCUCCUAAUAC